AUGGAUUUACUCCCGACGAUCAUAAAUCAUAUUUCCUCACACAAAAAGGUCGUUUUUUCCGGAACUGAUCCGGGCACUGUUGUGACCUCCGUCACAGUGCCAAGUACCCUCGAAUCCAUCUUUGCUAGCGUCAACCGCUUCCAAGCCCUUGCGUCCAUUGAGGACGACCCUAAUGAAGAUGCACCAUAUGCUUUCGAUGUUGAUCCCCUUCCAAAGCCCUACAAAAUUACCGCGGGUCUUGUUAAUAACGUGACCUUUUUGAAGAAGCACCAAAACAAGCAUCAACGGAGACAAGGAAGCGGUGUAGAUGAGGAGGAGCAGCGAAAAAAACUAGCAAAGGAGAAACGGGAGCGGGAGAUUCGAACUAAAAGGGCGUAUGGCAAGAUCACUGCUGAGGAAAGGCGACAUAUUCGUUCCCAUGCUCAGCUUCCUCCCGAUGCGCCGAAACCUGCAUUGAUCCACUGCGUUGGACACUGGCAAGGGAUCAACAGCUGUAUCAAAGGACAUUCUCGACGAGGAAUGAAACAGAUUCGGGCACAACACAGACUCCAUGGAAACGUUGCAAUUGUCAAUGAGUACAAUUCUUCAAAGACCUGCCCCUUCUGUUUUUCCAAAGUUGUUCUCCAUCGUGCCCGCAGGAUUGUCGGGGGGAAGGAACGAGUGGUUCGUCUACAUGGGGCCAUCGAAUGCGUCCAUCCCCGGUGCCCAGCAAGGAGGAUCAAUCACACUACCAGAGGAAGGGAUGCAAACGCGGCGGCCAACAUUGCUCUCUCUGGGGCCUCCAUUAUUCUCUCGUCUGACCACCAACCCCUUCCUCCAUUCAGGAUGAAUAAAUAUGGGUGA